AUGCCCCGGCUUGUACGUCGCCAGCCGUUGGCUGAGCGUAUCAAAUCCUACUUGAACCCUCUAGAUUUCUUGCUCUGGCUUUCGGAGGAGGUUGAUGCAAAUGAUUGGGAGCAGUUUGAAAAAAACUGGGCGGUUCCCUUGGGUGUGGCUCUGAAUAUUACCUUUAUGAUCGCAAGAGCGAACAGUCGACCAACUGGCAGCCAAGCCCUCGAUGAUGUGUUUGGCGAGGAUGAAAGGGUCUCUCUGUGGGGCUGGCUUGCAUCGUUUAUCGUUCACUUCCUUGUCUGUAUAGCGGCCUUGAACACCUUCUAUACCUUCCACCGAAAGCGCCAUUAUCGCCUCUUUGAAGCUUCUAUCGACCAAGCUCCUUCUACCCCAUCUGCGCGCAGAGUCCGAGUUGACUCUACACCCGCUACGGCCUCGCCUCUCCGCUACCUAGCCAAUACGCUUUCUGGAUCAGCAGAGUCAAGGGCACAUCCGAAUGCUGAGCGUGACGUCUGGGAGAUUGCGCUCUGGGACCCUCUACCAAUUUGUCUCCGCUUGUUCUGUCUCUUCAGUCCUGCGCAUAUCCUCAUCUACUGGAUUACCCUGCCAACUCAGCUUUCCGACCCUCGACCCAGCGUUACGAUCGUUACCACAAUUACUGUGACAACACUGCUCUCUGCGCAGAUGUUAUAUCUCUCAACUUUCUUCAAACAACAGGGCAAGGAUGAAUUGUUGAUCCACAAGGAAGUCAUGAAAGAAUACGAUACGAAAUUCGUUCAUCCCCGAACCCAGCCGCUAAUGCGCGAUGUCGGGACCCAGUUUUCCGGCCCUAACACUACGUUUGAGGAGAAAUAUAAUAAAGUCGACACCUUUACGCCAACGGUUAUCAUUAAUCGGGGAUUCAAGACUAGCCCUAACCCGAACUAUAUCCACCAUAUUGACCCCGAAUGGAACUCUUCCCGCAACAGUUCCUUCACUUCCACACCGACCAAAGCUUCGAACUCAAUGCAAACUCCUAGCUAUAUGCGCGAUGCCUCACCUGUCGUCAAAGCUCCCCUGGGAUCCAUUCGUCAACCUCAAUUUCGACAGACCCCAACCCGCCCUGGUGGUGAUGGUGGUAGUUUAGGUAUCUACUCACAUGCUAGAUCACCUCUACGGAAGUCCACUCCCGCAAACUCAGAGCAACGUCUUCACAAUGACAGGGGGUUCUACUAUUCACAACGGAGUGUACGGCCCUCAAGCCCACUGAAGAAGAGCAGCGUUUCCACCGCUGCCAGCCCCAUGACCCCUGGAACAAGCAAGAGCGUUCUCCGGCGAGAGACUGGACGCUUUUGA